UUGUUCCCUCGGCAGAGACACGGCCAAAGGCAGCAGGAAUUCGACCGAUCCAUGGCGGCUCGGUACGUGGAGAUGCUGGACAUGGGCGUGCGCAUCGCGGCGAGGUUCCACUCCCACUGCCCGCAGACGGCCCGCAUGUACUACAAGCCACCGCAGUCAACCUCCUCCUCCUCGUCCUCGGCCGCGGGCGCCUCGACGGAUCGGCCGAAGGCCGCCGCCAGCUUCGACCACGAGGCUGCGGCCGCCGCUGCCUUCCGGCCCUUCGCCACCACAUCGCAAACGGGGUUCAGCGCCGGCGUGCAACCGUCGGGGUUCGGCUUCGACACCGCGCAGGUCCUCAUCUACGAGGUCGUCUGAGGAAUUGAGGACUCGGAGCAGCCACGGCUAGCUAGGAGUUAGUUUUUCGGGAGAGACCUUUGGGACGAGGAAUUUUUUGAGACCUAUCAGUAGGCGA